CCCUCCCUUCCUCUGCUCUUGCGGUGCUGCGUACCACAUCCGCUGCAUUGCGAGCUGUUUCAUGAAAGCUGCCGUCCACCUUCCCACGGGGGAGACUGUCGCGUCGUUGGAGGGACUGAUGCCUGUUCAAGGGAGAUGUCCUUGCUGCAAUGAGAUGUACACCUGGGGGCAGGUGCUGCGUAUGAUUGCAGAUAGAGAUAGAGAGCUGCUUCGGAGAGCAAGAGCGCCUGGGUCAUCGGCAGCAACGAGCCCUGCAGAGGAGGAGGAGGAGGAGGACGCCCUCCUGACUGGGGACGACCAGCAGGAGAUGAGCGACGAGGAGAACGAUGAGCACAUCUCGGAUGCGUUCGAAGAGGAGUUCGAGAUAUUUGACUUGACAAGUCCUCCACAGGCAAGAGCAGCUCUUGCCUCAGAGCAAGGGGAGGAGGGAGUAGAGAGGGAGGGCGAAGAGAACGAGGAAGAGAAGAAGCGAGGCGAGAGGAAGGAGGAGGAGGUUGUAGAUCUAACAUGAAAGAUUGGACAUGAGAAUAUUUCACAAACGACCGUACAAGGC